CACAAAGUCUUUUAAGCCAACGAUAAACCUCAUUCAGCACAAUGAACUCCAAAGGAUUUCACUCAAGAUAGGUUUUCUCCAAAUUCCAACUCCAAACUCGUACCAGCUGAAACAGUUGUAUUCCUUGGAAACAGCAAAAAUGUCAUCUUCGUCGAACCUGUGGGUUUUGCUCGGCCUUGGGAUUGCCGGAAUAUUGAUUAUGACGAAGAAGCUCAAGCGGGUUGUGAAAGCUGAUUUUGGUGCGUUUAUAGAGCGGUUGCAGCUAUUGCCUCCACCCCAGCCUGCGCCUCCUAAAGCACCUCAUCCUCUUACCGGCCUUUCUUUCGCGGUCUCUGACGUAUUUAACAUAGAAGGAUUUGUGACUGGAUUUGGCAACCCUGACUGGUCUAGGACUCACGAGGCUGCUACUCAUACAUGUCUUGCUGCUGCAGCCCUUGUGGAUGGAGGUGCCACAUGUGUCGGAAAAACCGUUGUGGAUGAUAUGGCACUGGGUGUUACUGGAGAAAGCAAGCAUUAUGGUACACCAACUAAUCCUGUCUCACCCGAAAGAAUACCAGGAGGAGCCUCUAGUGGUGCUGCUGUAGCUGUUGCUGCUAAACUUGUUGAUUUUUCUUUGGGCAUAGAUACGGAUGGUGGUGUGCGAUUGCCUGCUGGAUAUUGUGGCAUACUUGGAUUUCGACCGUCUCAUGGGACAGUCUCCCUUUCUGGGUUAAUUCCUGUUUCUGGGAGUCUCGACACCGUAGGGUGGUUUGCAAAGGAUCCUAGUAUACUUCGCCGUGUUGGCCAUGUGCUGUUGCAGGUUCCAUAUUCUGCUCAACGCAACCCAAGGAACAUUGUGAUAGCAGAUGACUGUUUCCAGUCAUCAAAAUUUCCAGCAGACCGCAUUACUCAGGUGGUCAUAAAAUCCAUCGAGAAACUUUAUGGAAGACAAGUCUUGAGGCAUGAAAAUCUUAGUGAUUAUUUAAAGUUGAAGGUUCCAAGCUUAAGUAAUAUCAAUGUGGGACAACUGAAUGGUGAAGGGAAAUAUUCUCCAGUUGUAUUGCUGGCAAAUGCCGUGCAGCAGCUUAAGAGACAUGAAUUCAGAGAAAAUCAUAAUGAAUGGAUCAACUCUGUAAAGCCUACUUUGGAUCCUAUUAUCUCAGCACAAAUAUCUGUAGAUUUAGAUUUGACUGAUGCAGACAAAGAAAAAUAUUACGCCAUUAGGAGUGAAUUGCGUUCAGCUAUAAAUGCCCUUUUAAAGGAUGAUGGAAUAUUAGUGAUUCCUACUUCUUUUGAUCCUCCUGCAAAACUUGGUGCCAAAGAGAUUUCCACUGAGGAAUAUGUUAUUCGAGCAUCAAGUCUUUCAAGUUUAGCUAGUAUGUCAGGCUGCUGCCAGGUUGUGCUACCUUUCGGAGUCCAUGAGAGGUGCCCAAUUUCUCUGUCACUCUUGGCCAGGCAUGGAGGCGAUAGAUUUCUGCUGGAUACUCUGCACUCUUUGUAUGCUUCUUUCCAGGAAGAAGCCGAUACAGCUGUAAAGCCUAAAUCAUCUGCUAAGGCUUUGACACAGGAAACAUCGGCAGAGAUGGCCAAAGAAAAGGGCAAUCAAGCAUUCAAAGACAAGCAAUGGCAGCGAGCUAUCGGAUUUUAUACAGAGGCCAUCAAACUGAAUAGUAAUAAUGCAACAUAUUACAGUAACAGAGCUGCAGCUUAUUUGGAGAUGAGAAGUUUCAUUCAGGCCGAAGCGGAUUGUACUCAAGCAGUUGAUCUCGAUAAGAAGAAUGUAAAGGCCUAUUUGAGAAGGGGAACAGCUCGGGAAAUGUUGGGCUACUACAAAGAAGCAGUGGAAGAUUUCCAAUACGCACUUGUUCUCGAGCCAAAUAACAAAAGAGCUGCUCAGUCAUUGGACAGGCUGAAGAAGCUAUUUCAGUAGUUUUUUUUAUGAAGAAAUGGAAGUGUUCACAUGUCUCUUGUUUAGCGAAAGAGGUUUAAAUCCACCAAACGUACCGUUUGGGUUUAGAAGUCGAAAGGCUUUUUAGUUUAGGCUCAGUUUGUCAUGUAUGCAGCACCAGUUGAUAAAGAGCCAUUCUAAUGAGCUGCAGUUAUCAAAUUUAUUGUUCAGUGUAGAGCGAUUUUGGCCAAGUGAAUUAUGCAUCAGGACAUUCAAUUUUGUUCUCGUCGGGCUUCGUUGCCCAUUUGCCCUACACCAUUUUUAUUUAAGACCAAUAUAUUUCUCGUUACCUAGAGAUUUGGGAUCUCUGCCGGACCAUGCAUCUUGGAAAAUUCGUGUUGUUGACCUUGGCAUUAUAAAUUCGAGGAAAUAUUAAUAAUAUCCAACACCCUCUUGUAAUUACAAAAAUUUGCGUGAUUAUCC